UGCGUAGCGGGGGGCAUGCGCGGCGCGGGCGGCGCGGACGCGGGGCCGAGCGGGACGCGGGCGAGCCGGGGGCUAAGCGGGCAAACCCCCUGGCAGUCGCGGCCGAGCCUCGGCGCCGCCGGCAGCGGCCGCCCGGGACGUUCACACCUUGCCCGCUUCCCGCCCCCCCCGCCGUCCUGCCGCGGCUUCGGCCCUUGCGAGUGCGCACGCUCCGCGCCGCCGCCGGCCUCAGCGCGGAAGCCACGUCCGGACGGGACGUCGGCGCGUAGAUACAUCAUGAAUUGGAAUAAAGGUGGACCUGGGACGAAGAGAGGCUUUGGCUUUGGUGGCUUUGCCAUAACACCUGGGAAAAAAGAGGAACCUAAGCUCUCUCAGCAAUCUCACAGUGCUUUUGGAACAGCCGGUUCCUCUGCUGCCUUUGCGAAAUCAGGGCCUCCUCAGCUGCCUUCUUUCUACAAAAUUGGGUCAAAGCGAGCGAAUUUCGAUGAAGAGAAUGCCUACUUUGAGGAUGAAGAGGAAGAUUCCAGCAAUGUGGAAUUACCUUACAUUCCAGCAGAGAAUUCCCCCACCCGCCAGCAGUUUCAUUCCAAAUCGGCCGAGUCCGACAGCGACGAUGAUCCCCUGGAGGCUUUCAUGGCUGAAGUGGAGGAUCAAGCUGCUCGAGACAUGAAGAGGCUUGAAGAUAAAGACAAGGAAAAAAAGAAUGUGAAGGGUAUUCGGGAUGACAUUGAAGAGGAAGAUGACCAAGAAGCUUAUUUUCGCUACAUGGCUGAAAACCCAACUGCUGGGGUGGUCCAAGAAGAAGAAGAAGACAACCUGGAGUAUGAUAGUGAUGGGAAUCCAAUUGCACCAUCCAAAAAAAUCAUUGAUCCUCUUCCACCCAUUGACCAUUCAGAGAUUGAAUAUCCACCUUUUGAGAAGAAUUUCUAUGAUGAGCAUGAAGAAAUCACCAGUCUCACCCCACAGCAAGUGGUGGAGUUACGGCAUAAGCUAAACCUCAGAGUUUCUGGUGCUGCUCCUCCAAGGCCUGGCAGUAGUUUUGCUCAUUUUGGUUUUGAUGAGCAACUUAUGCAUCAAAUUAGGAAAUCUGAGUAUACCCAGCCCACUCCCAUACAAUGUCAGGGUGUUCCAGUUGCAUUAAGUGGCAGAGACAUGAUUGGGAUAGCUAAAACUGGAAGUGGAAAAACAGCAGCCUUCAUCUGGCCCAUGCUGAUUCACAUCAUGGAUCAAAAAGAGCUUGAACCAGGGGAUGGUCCCAUUGCAGUGAUUGUCUGUCCCACCAGAGAGCUUUGCCAACAGAUCCAUUCGGAAUGUAAACGCUUUGGGAAGGCCUAUAACCUGCGCUCUGUAGCUGUCUAUGGAGGAGGAAGCAUGUGGGAGCAAGCCAAAGCCCUGCAGGAGGGGGCAGAGAUAGUCGUCUGCACACCAGGUCGUUUGAUCGAUCACGUGAAGAAGAAAGCUACAAACCUUCAGAGAGUCACUUACUUAGUGUUUGAUGAAGCUGACAGAAUGUUUGACAUGGGUUUUGAAUAUCAGGUCAGAUCAAUUGCAAGCCACGUACGUCCCGACAGACAAACCCUCUUGUUCAGUGCCACUUUCCGUAAGAAGAUCGAGAAAUUGGCCCGAGAUAUUCUCAUCGACCCGAUUCGAGUCGUGCAGGGAGACAUUGGAGAGGCAAACGAAGAUGUUACUCAGAUCGUGGAGAUCUUCCCCUCUGGCCCCAGCAAGUGGAACUGGUUGACCCGACGCCUGGUGGAAUUCACUUCUUCUGGCAGCGUUCUCCUCUUCGUCACCAAGAAGGCAAACGCAGAGGAGUUGGCCAACAACCUCAAACAGGAAGAUCAUAACCUGGGCUUGCUUCAUGGUGACAUGGACCAGAGCGAGAGGAAUAAAGUCAUCUCAGAGUUUAAGAAAAAGGGGAUCCCCAUAUUAGUAGCUACCGAUGUUGCAGCUCGUGGGUUGGAUAUUCCUUCCAUUAAGACCGUCAUCAAUUACGACGUGGCUCGGGACAUCGAUACUCACACCCAUCGAAUCGGUCGCACGGGCAGAGCUGGAGAGAAGGGAGUUGCCUACACUCUACUGACUCCCAAAGACAGUAACUUUGCUGGUGAUCUUGUCAGAAAUUUGGAAGGUGCUAAUCAACAUGUUUCCAAAGAGCUGUUGGAUCUAGCAAUGCAGAAUCCUUGGUUCAGGAAAUCACGUUUCAAAGGAGGAAAAGGCAAGAAGCUGAAUAUUGGUGGUGGUGGCUUAGGGUACCGUGAGCGGCCUGGCCUGGGAUCAGAAAAUACUGACCGUGGAAACAACAACAGUGUGAUGAGUAACUACGAGGCCUACAAACCGUCCAGUGGGGCAAUGGGAGACAGGCUGACAGCAAUGAAAGCAGCUUUCCAGUCCCAGUAUAAAAGCCAUUUUGUUGCUGCAAGCUUAAAUAAUCAAAAGACUGGUAGCUCUGCUGCUGGUGCCAGUGGCUGGACAAGUGCUGGGAGCUUAAACUCUGUCCCCACGAGUUCGGCUCAGCAAAACGCCUCCGUUCCCGACGGCCCCGUCUCCAAGGGAGUCCCUGGUUUCACCAGCACUGGGACAUUGAGCAGUGUCCCCACCUUCCCCAGCGUGGGAGGACAGGCUUUCAACACCACCAGCAGCAGCACCAACAGUCGGGAAAGCAGCGGGGUUGGUGGUGGAGGGGUUGUCAGAGAACGCUACCCCGAGACCCGGAACAGUCGGCACAACGAGAUGCCGCGGCGGGGAGAAGCCGGUGGAGGUGGCCGCUACAACGACCUGCAGCGCCACGGGGAAGGAGGAGGAGGAGGAGGUGGUGGUCGCCAUAGUGACGCUGCUUAUCGCCACGGAGAGAGCCGGCACGGCGACAGCCAUCGCCAUGGCGACAGCCGGCACUUCCCCGAUGUGGGCGGAGGGAACCGCAACAGCGACGGCGAGAGCAGGAGCAGCAGCGAAGGGAGGAGCAACGAGAACAGGAACGGGGAGAACAGGAAGGACGCCAACAGCCGAGACAAGACAGAUGGCUUUGCUGUCCCAGAGCCCCCGAAGCGGAAGAAGAGCCGGUGGGACAGUUAAGAGCUGGCGUUUCCCAGCCUGGGAUCUGCAGAUCUCCUUGACAAGACAGAAGCUGGUGUGACAUCCCUGGAAUGUUAAGAAACUUGGCUGUGACAGUAUAGUCUUUUCUUAAGCAGCACUCAACAUUUAAGGACCAGCCCAUGUAGAGAUGCUCCUGUUAAAACACUGAUCUUAGGAACAGUUUGUUCAGUUUGGUGAGUUCUUCCCCAAUCUCUUCCACAUACUCACUCAAUCCCUGAACCAUUUGACCCCCAGGUUCCCCUUCAUAUCCCUUCCCCCAGCCAAGAAUGGAUCAGUUGGCGUUGGGUUUUGUUUCCUUUUGAGCUGUUGAAGGGAUCCUUUCCCAGCCCAGCUAAUAGGAGAGACCCCCCCCAUCCAGCCUUGUUUUGUCAGUACAUCAAUCCCACUCCCUAGGCUUUGGGGGGAGGUUUCUUUUCUUUCAAAGAAGCUUUUCUUUCCUUAGCACCUCCAUUCUGGUGGAAGCUGUGCCUAUGAACCCUCUGUUAUGAGAGGCUCCAGUGCUUUCUCCAAAUUCAUAACAAAAAGGGAAAAGAGAUGUAGAUCCAGCCCAACCAAAGCCAACUCUUGUCUUUGUGAAGGAAGAGGCUUUGUUCAGCAAUUCAGGGACCUGCUGCUCAGAAACCUUUAGGGAGAAGCUGAGAAGCUUCUUGGAGUGGAACAGCCCAAGUGUUGGACACGUGGAGUUAAAACUGUCGAGUCUUGCCUGACCCAUUUUCAACCCAUCAUCUGUGUCACCCCCUUUUUUUUUAACUUCUUGGGGUUUGGGGCUUUUUUUGACACCACGAAGGCGAAGGAAAGAACUGUUGAAACGUGGCAGCACCCACCUCUGUCUUUGUUUCUGCUGAGAAGAAGGAUCAGUAACUGUCAGAGGGGGUUUUUGUGACAUUGUGAUGUUUUCUUUCUCAGCUGUGCAUUUACUUUCUGCUUGCUCUAGUAAAUGUUUUAUUACUGGGACAAAAA